ACGUCUUUUAUUCUGUGUCAAUUUCUUUUUACCUACUCACCAAUAUAGUUUAACAAAUCGAAGAAGGUCCCGCUUUACCCACAAUGUCUGAAACUGAUGUGUCAAGCGAUACAACCAUUGAACCCUUUGUGUUUGAAAAGGUAUUAGAAAACUUGGAAGCUGGCUGUCGCGAUGCUAUUGCCACUAAGGAUUACUUGUCCUAUAGUACCCUCUUGGAUAUCUAUUUAAGUGAACCCCUGAAAUAUACCAAUGAGGAAAAGGAAAAGUUAUUGCAGUCUAUCUUGGAUAUUUUACAAGAACACCCUGACUUGACAUACAAAAUUGGAUGGGAUUUGCCCAGCUUGUUACUUCCCUAUGUCGACUCCGAUUAUCAGUUUAAUAAAGGGAUAAGAAACUCUCCUUGCGUAUACAAGAUCUUGAAACUGUUUGAGUGUUUGGCCCGCCAUGGUAAUCCCAAAGAAUUGUUUUUAAAGUGCUGUGAAUUAUUAUCAACUAUUAAAGUUACUGAUAGUCCAUCAACUAUCAAACCUGAAUUUCAAGAAAACUUUUUUGAUAUCAAGUUGUAUUGUAUUUUUGAAUUGAUUGAUGCAUGUCUCAAGAGAAUUCAAACAUUGUAUCCUUCCAGGUUCUUAUCCAUGACGGUAACUUCGUAUAUAAACUUAGCUUAUGUCAAUUUGGUCAGGGGACAAUGGUCUGCUACUAAUGCCCACUUUAUUUUGAAACGGGCUUAUAGUUUUGCUAGAAAUUAUAUAAACCCGCCAUUACCAGAUCAAAUUGAUCCAGAAUUAACCAAAGAAGAAUUAGCCAAAAUUACAGAGGAUGAGGAAUACUUACAGCGGAAAUUGUUGACUGGGUUUUUGACCCAGUUGGUGUCGUACACCAGCAAGCUUGGCGCUGAAGGUUAUUCCAUUGAUAUGUUCAGUUGGUUACAAAACAAGAGCAAGAAAUCCAAACUCACAUUCCACUUUCAAAUCGAUCCAGUUUUAUAUGAUCGUCUUGUAGAAUUGGCUUAUUCCUAUGACAUCCCCUUGCGUGAUGACUUUAAAAAGUUUAUCGCUGAUUCUAAUGCUAUUUUCAAAGAGUUUGAAUUUAAAGAUGAUACCGAUGAGGAUGACUUGAGUGGUGAAAUAUUUGAAAGAUUAGUGGUUGAUUAUCAAAAGAAUCUAUUCACCAGUAUUAUUGAUAGUGACUCUAAAAGUAUAAAUGAUUCAAUUAUCGGUGAAUUGAUCUUGCACACUCAUGUUGUAUGUACCAAGAAAUCAUUUGACCAUGUUGAUGUUUCCAUUUAUGAUGCCGUCGUCAUGGGUUUAAGAAUACUCAUUCCGCAAAUGGUCCAGCCAAGUUUUGUCAACCGUGGUGCAUUUGAUGUUGCCGUGUUUUGGUCCUGGUAUGCCAUAUAUCAAACUGGGUUAAAACGUAAGAAACCUGAGGUUGAAUUUGCCGCAAUUCCUAAAUUGUUGUUGAGGCUCUACAUGCAAAGUAUUUUGUUUACCAUAAUCCAUUGUAAAGAACAACCAAACCAUAGAUUUAUGUUGUUUACGUUGUUAUCCAAGAUAUUAUGUCUUGCUCCUGAGAAUACUGGGUAUGAAUUCAUUAAGGACACGUUGGAAAAUUGUCCUUAUGAAGCAACAAAGGCUCCAGUUAUUGGGGUAUAUAAGGAACUUCUUCUUAAGGAUAAGUUUGAGCCGGUGGAUAACCUUGAAGAGGAAUUUCUGAAGGCUUCCUUGGACGAUAAGAAUAGGGAAAAUGACAAGGAGCAAAAUGGAGACAAAAAAGAGGAUAAACCAAUCGUACCACCUCCGUUGCCACGUAGAUCAACUGGGAAAUCACAUAAAUUUUUUACUUUUACCGAGGAAAGACUUGAUGAUUUACUAACCUUGAUUUUAUUUGCCCAAUCAAGUACAUUUAUUGCUAACGAAGACAAAUCUGUUUCUAUUGAUCCAGCUACGUUAUCCACGUUGGCGGCAUACUUGAAUUUACUUAUCGUCUUGAAAAAGGACAAGAUAUUGCUUGAGAAUAAAGACAAAUUGGACCGAGUUCUUAGAGUUGUCGAAAACAAUAUUGAUGCCGUCCAGACAAAACACAAGAAUAACCCUGAGGCAAACCAAUUUGAAUUUAAUGCUGCUGGAAUGCUUGAACUUACAAUUGAAAGAUUUAAAGAUUAGCUUUUUUUUGUGUAUGUAUGUAUAUAUAUAAUCCUAUAACAUUGUAUUAUUGUUUAUCGCUUUUUCGAAGAGCCUUUUUUGUUGGAAAUGUUUCUGUCAUCAACUAACGGCCCCCAAUAGACAAAGAAUCCUUCUUUGGUAGUGGUGAUUUCUUCUUCCAUUUGCAACUCCUCAUCAUCUAUGAAUGGAUCUUCAUAAUCGUAUUUACCAACUUUACGAAUCAUUCUGAUUUCAUGUUGUCUAACUAGUUGUUGUUCUGUCAAUUCCUUAUCUUUGGCAGCAGCAGCAGCAGGUGGUGGUGGUGGUGGUGGCUGUGCCAGUUUCUCUUCAUCGACAAUCACAUCUUCUUCGUCAUCAUCAUCCAUUCCUUCGUCGUCUUCAUCCAUCAUGUCGUCCAUGAUAUCAAUGGCUGAUUUUGCCUUGGGAUGAACAACAGACCAUCCAUACUUCUCCUCAGCUAAUCGUAAAACAUUGAUUACUACUUCUGCUUUGCCUGGUUUCGGGUCCUUAGGGUCAAGUAAGGGGAUAUUUAAUGCGAUUAUAGGAGGUUCUGGCUUUUCCUUCUCCUUCUCCUUAGACUUAUCUUCCU